AUGAUCCCUGAACGUGAAGAUGCUACUCUUGUUUCACCGAAAAAGUGUGUUACGAAUGGUAUCUGUUCCUUACCCGAGGAAGGAACUCUGAAGACUUUCAGACCUCAAGUUGAAGUUCAUUUGAAGAAGGGAAUCGCAAAAUCGCAACUGGAAGAAAAACUUCCAGAGCUGGAGACUUUGAUCAAACAACAAAGAAACAUUCGAAAUUGGAUCCCAGCUGAGCUCGUAGAAGUAGAGAUGGCAGAUCGUUCGAAAUCUCUUGCUGAUUUGAUCCAAGGUAUAGUUGUUGGCUGCAUGAAUUAUCCAGAUGCUUAUCCACUUGAUGAUAUAUUGGACAAAGUCCGCCCGGCACUGGUAAAACAACUCUCUGCCGAGGUGUGGCUCAACAUCUGUCGAUUCGUUUAA